UCUGUGCCAGCGGAACCAGUCAGCCAGCUGCUGGGGGGACAUUCCUGUCUGUUUUUAACUACUUCAACCCACAGACACUGGCGACGAUUGACGCCGUGCCUGAGCUGGUUUUGAGGCAUUUCCCGGUCCAGACCAGCAGGGUUCAGGAGGAUGACGAGGCUCGCUGCUCCUGUCAGAGCUCAGUCAAACUUUUGUGCGUAAACAGAGCGGAGCUUCGCGCACAGAGGAGGAGAGGUGGGCGCAGGAGCCGGAGACGAUGGCACACUUUGACUAAACGACCAGGACUGGAAAACGUUAUGGCUGUGGACGCUGCAUCCAGUUUCAGUUUCUGCAGGCCAGCUGUAGAGUAUAGGGCUUUACCGGAAGACUUCAAGCACCAGCUGAGUCGACGGACAGGUGGGAACCUAACCUGGCACGACGGACGUGGACAGAAAACAGCAGGAGGCAGAACAGUGAAGUUACUGCAGCAGCCGGGUACAGAGGCCCUACAGUAUCAUUCCAGUGACAGCUAUGGGAUAUAUCACACAAGCCCGACACAGCCCAGCCUGAUUCGUCCCGUUGUGCUUUGGUCGCAGCAAGAUGUUUGUAAAUGGCUGAAGAAACACUGUCCUCACAAUUACCUGACCUACGUUGAAGCAUUCUCCCAUCACGCCAUCACAGGUCGUGCACUGUUGCGACUGAACGGGGAGAAAUUAGAGAGGAUGGGUUUGGUUCAAGAGACUCUUCGGCAGGAGCUGCUGCAGCAGGUACUUCAGCUUCAGGUACAGGAGGAAGGACGAAACCUGCAGCUGCUCAGCAGAGGUUCUUUUGGAAAUAUAUCAUAGCAAGGGUUGGUCCUGCUGGAAGAACACUGGAAUCACUGAAUAUUUACUCAAAUGUGAAUCAGAGUUGUUGGAUUGUACGCCCAGUGAGGUCAAAGUAUUGUUUCCUCCAGCCAUGUCUAGGACUAUUGUUACAUGGAAGUUGGCAGCUUUUCAUUUCUACUCUACACAAAAAAACAGACAUGUCUGUGUGGAUAUGACAAACUCUGCGGACUGUUAGAAAAGCAUUGUGACAAUCUGUUUUGUCAACGCUGUCUAUGCCGUUAUUAAUUAUUUCUCUUUCUGUCUCUGCUUAUUUCUUUGUGUGUGCCAUUUUUUUAUUGCCAGAAAAAAAUAAAUUGAUAAAAAUGACAAAACAUC